AACAAAGAAGAUGGUUUUUUAUGUCUUUUUUGUUGUUUAAAUACAUUUACUUUUCUGUAACUAUAAUCAACAUUUUCUUAGUCCUUAAAAGACAAACUUCCUCUUAGGUACAGACCAAUUUAGUAGGGGUUAAAGGCUUUUUUUAUGAAAGAUAGUCAGGGUUAAAGGCUGAUUGGAGUGCUUAAUGCAAUGCAAUCUUGCCAACAAAUAUGCUUUAGCAGUGACCAAUGCUAUGUCGUGAUGCAGAGGCUUAAAUGAUAUGGCAUUGAAAGGGUGUAAAUGCCACAUAGUACAUAUCAUCUGCCCAUAUAAGAUGAUUGGUUAUUUACUUAGUCAUGAUGAAAGAAAUUUGUGGAAGUUUGAUAGGAUUAGGGGAAAGCCUAUUGUAACAAAGGUAUAUCAGAGAAGGCAGAAUAAGUAAGUCUAGGGACUAAAGUGGAAUAAUAAAGUCUCUAAGGACUAGUUAUAUUUUCAGGAAGUCUUAGCUAUAAAUAGCUAAGCUGUUAUGUUAGGAGUUAGUUUUUGGUUAGUUGGGAAUCUGUAACUGAAUACUGGUAUUCAGCUAGACUGUGAGAGGAACUGGUUUCUCUCUCCCUCUGUAUCGUUCUCUUUCUUCCAUUCUAUGCAAUUCAUCUCAGUUUUCAUGGAGAUUCUCUCCAUUGUUCUGUGAUUUUCUUCCUAAUUCAGUAGUUUAAGAUUACCAGUUCUAACACUGGUAUCAGAUCACCGAUCUUGGUGCCCUGAUUUGCUUCCGCUGAAGAAUUUGGGAAACUCAGAAGCUUAUAGCGAUGGUGGUGACGCGCGCGAAUUCACACGGAGGAGACGACAAUGUUCUAGAGAAAGAAGAGCUUCGAGUGCGCAUGGAGCUCAACGAAGCCAGAACGAAGCGUGUAGAAGAUGCGAUCGUGGAAAACGAAACCAGAGCGAAGAGAAUCGAGGAUUCCUUGUACGCUGUGCUUUCGAAAUUGGGAAUCACAACCAUUGACGACACCGUAACACGCGAAAUCAGAUCGGAAAGCGGUGUAGAAUUGAAUCCUGAACGCGACAAAGGAGGUAGCAGGUGGAGGAAGCUGGAGAUUCUGAUUUUCGGGGGAGAAGAUGCGUAUGGCUGGAUUCUCAAAUUGGAACGCUAUUUUGAACUCAGAGGUGUCGCUGAUGAUGAACGCAUGCAGGCUACGCUUUUGGCUUUGGAAGGGAAAGCAUUGAGUUGGUUCCAGUGGUGGGAACGAUGCAAUCCAACUCCUACUUGGGAAGGUUUCAAACUCGCUGUGAUUCGAAGGUUUCAACCAGUGAUGGUGCAGAAUCCUUUUGAGCUGUUGCUUUCUUUGAAACAGAGCAAUACAGUGGAGGCUUACGUGGAGGAGUUCGAAAGAUACGUGGGAGCUCUGAAGGAGAUUGAUCAGGAUUUUGCAAAAGGAAUUUUCUUGAACGGUUUGAAAGAAGAAAUCAGAGUGGAGAAACCAUCAUGGGAAAAGGCAGCUAAAAUAAUAAAAGAGAGAUAUGAUCCAGAAAUGGAUGGUCGAAUUCUUUUGGGGAAGGUGGACUGCACUCAAGAAGGAGUCUUGUGCAGGAGGCAUCACAUACAAGGGUAUCCAUCAAUCCGCAUCUUUCGUAAAGGUACUGAUGUCAGAAGUGACCAUGGACAUCAUGAGCAUGAGUCCUAUUAUGGAGAUCGUGAUGUAGAUAGCCUAGUCAAGACAAUGGAGACUUUAGUGGCAUCUCUCCCUGCUGAAUCCCAGAAACUAGCUUUGGAGGACAAAUCAAAUGUUUCAGACGGCGCAAAAAGACCAGCACCAUCAGCAGGGGGGUGUAGAAUUGAAGGAUAUGUGCGUGUCAAGAAGGUUCCAGGAAACUUGAUCAUCUCAGCUAGAUCCGAUGCCCAUUCCUUUGACGCUUCUCAAAUGAACAUGUCACAUGUCAUAAACCAUUUAUCUUUUGGAAGGAAGGUGUCACCUAGGGUCAUGAGUGAUGUGAAGCGCUUGAUACCUUAUGUUGGUAACAGCCAUGACAGGCUGAAUGGUCAGUCAUUCAUCAAUACACAUGAUUUAGGAGCAAAUGUUACUAUCGAGCAUUACCUUCAGGUAGUCAAAACAGAAGUGGUAACUAGAAAGGAUUAUAAAUUAGUUGAGGAGUAUGAGUACACUGCGCACAGCAGUGUGGCUCAGAGUUUACACAUUCCAGUUGCUAAGUUCCAACUUGAGCUCUCCCCGAUGCAGGUCUUAAUAACAGAAAACCAGAAGUCUUUUUCGCAUUUUAUUACAAAUAUUUGCGCUAUCAUUGGGGGUAUCUUCACGGUGGCUGGAAUUAUGGACUCUAUUUUGCACAAUACUUUAAGAAUGAUGAAAAAGGUUGAGCUUGGCAAAAACUUUUGAUAGAUAGUUGGAAACUUUAUCUAGCGUAGAGAUCUUGAUUUCACUAGAUCAUCUUUAGUGAGGUCUUUCGGCAGAAUUUUUUCUUCCUUUUUGUCCUUGGCAGAUUGAUAUCUAUAGAUUUAGACAUGUAGUUUAGGACUCUACCCCUUUCUUUCACCCAGAAGAAUGUUACUGAUCUGUAGAAACUCUAUAAAGCACAAAAAUGUUAUUCUUUUAGCAGUUUUACUCGGUAAAAUUGAUGAUUACAUGGAUUUGCUUGCCCCAUAAAUGCAUCC